AUGGAUGUGGUAGAUGAUCAUCUAUUCAGGAAUGGAAUUGAUCAAACAUACACAAAUUGGAAUAAGCAUGGAGAAACAAAAGAACCACCAAGAAGUUAUGUAUAUGAACAUAAUUUUUACAUGGAUACGUCAAACGAUGUAGAUUCCACAAACAUGAACACAGAAUUGCCAACAGAUGCUGUAGAAACUGUAGAGAUGGUUGAAGUUGUAGAAGAAAAUUUUAUUGGGAACCCUGAUAAGUUUAGAGAACUGAUAGAGGAUGCCAAGAAGCCCUUAUACACAGGGUGUCAUAAUUUCACAAAGUUAUCUGCAAUCAUUCAACUACUCAACUUGAAGAAAGGAAACGAAAUGUACAGUAGUACCUAUGAGGUGAAAAAAGCAUUUAAGGCAAUGGGUUCAGGGUAUACUAAGAUACAUGCAUGUGUCAACAAUUAUAUACUUUAUAGAAACGAAUACACAGACUUGGCAGCAUGUCCUACUUGUGGUAAAUCAAGAUGGAAGUACUUUCCAAUUAUUCCGCACUUCAAGCGUCUUUUCCAGUCUAAGACAACUGCAAAAGAUUUAACAUGGCAUGCAAUAGAAAGAAUGGUGGAUGUCGGAGUUUUAAGUCACCCAGCUGAUUCACCAGCAUGGGCUGCCAUUGAUGACAAAUAUCCUGAUUUUUCUAGCGACCCAAGGAAUUUGCGACUAGGCAUUUCGGCGGACGGGGUUGAUGUUAACAGAGGAAAUAUGAGUCAUAGUGUUUGGCCUGUUUUAACUGUCAUUUACAACCUUCCACCAUGGUUGUUUGAAACAUACGAUGCAUAUGCACAAGAGCAUUAUAAACUACGUGCAAUUGUGUUAUGGACUAUUAAUGAUUAUCAUGCUUUGGGUACAUUAAGUGGUUGCCCAUAUAGCAGUUUUCAAGGUUGUGUUGUGUGUGGUGAAGACACACACUGCAUUAGACUCCCUGAAUUGCAUAAGCAGAGUUAUGUUGGACAUAGAAGAUUUCUACCGUAUGAUCACCCGUUCAGAAGACAAAAGAAGGCAUUCAAUGGACAACAAGAGUUCUCACCCUCUCCAGUACCUAUGAAUGGGGACGAAAUAUAUAACAGGGUAAAAUUUAUAAUUAAUAAAUGGGGAAAGGUUAAUAAGGGCAAGGAGACAGAAAUCCAACAAUCAACAAGUGGAAGAGGUGGGAAGAUGAAUAAAAAAAAGAGAAAUUCACACCAACUGGGUACUUCAGAUGUGGGCCAGCAAAAUAAUACAUACUGGAAGAAAUUCAAUAUAUGGUAUAGAAAAUUAAGGUAUUGGCCCGACAAUUUGGUUCCACAUUGUAUAGAUUUUAUGCAUGUGGAAAAGAACGUGGGUGAGAGUUUAACAGGAACUAUUGUGAACGUUCCUGGGAAGACUAAAGAUGGUUAUAAAGCUCUAUUGGAUUUGGUUCAUUAUGGUUUAAAACCAAAGCUGCAUCCUCAGAUAGAAGGGAACAACACAGCACUUCCCGCAGCAGGUUGUACAUUGACAAAAGAGGAAAAAGACAAAUUCUGUGAAACUUUAUACAACUUAAGGGUUCCUCAAGGGUAUUGUUCUAAUUUUUCUAGUUUGGUGAGUGUAAAGGAUAGAAAGUUGAUCGGGCUAAAAUCACAUGACUAUCACAUGCUCAUCAAAGAAAUCAUAGUGGAUGAGCUUGAUAAGUUGCAAGAGGAGUUAUGUGUAACCUUAUGUCUUCUUGAGAAACACAUUCCACCAUCAUUUUUUGAUGUGAUGAUUCAUUUAACCGUUCAUCUCACUAGGGAAGUAAAAUUAUGUGAUCCAAUAUUCUUUAGAUGGAUGUACCCAUUCGAAAGGUAUAUGAAGGUUAUUAAGGGGCACGUGCGAAACAAAAAUACACCAGAAGGAUGCAUUGCAGAAGAGAAUGUUGCGAAAGAGACAAUUGAGUUUUUUAAUCAAUUCCUUAAAAGGAUGGAUACUGUUGGCAUUUCACCUGACAAUCAUCACAAUUGUGGAAUUCAUAAAGGUGUAGAUAGUAGCUCUAUUACGGACGAUACUCCUGUAUCAGCUGUUAAAUCGGUAGAAGUUUCUGCAGAACUAUUCAGCAAAGCACAUUUCUUUGUAUUGCAAAAUACAUCUGAAGUACUCCCAUAUAUCAAGUAA